UGUCGUAACACGCUAGAUGACCGUUGCGCUCUCUACUAUGGUAAAAGUGCAGAGAUUGUCAAUUAUAUACAUAGAAGAUGCUCCGGGAUCCCACAAGGAAGACGUUUUAAUGACAUCAGUCUUACGUACGUGUGAUCAAUUUACGCGUUUUUUUCCUCUCGACGCUAAACGCAUUUUGCGAUCUCCACUAUUUGUAAAAGCUGUGGUGCAGUGUUGUCAGCGUUAAUGCUGUUUGCAGGAGGAAACUAUGGACCAUGUUUAUGCUUUAGCAGCGGAGACACUACCAAAAGUGGCGAGAAAGCGACAGAGGACUGAAAAAAAGCGAGAGAGAGACCGACUGAGGCAGAAAUUCAGAGUAUACAUCGGCGAGGCCUAUUUUAGGUGGAAAGCGCUAAUGGCAGAGAAAGGCAUGAAGAAUGACGCGGAGGUUGCUCAUUAUCUGCUGGACAGGGUGUGCGGUAAACAGCUUUCAGAAGACCAUUUUGGGGCACCUCGCAGAAAAAAAGGAAGACCACAGAAAAUAACCGUGCCGGAAAUAGAGGAGACUCUGAAUGAUUCAUCCCAACCCAGUCCAGAUCCACAAUCACCAGACCCAUGUCAGCCCAUCCAGGACCCAGAGUCAACUGAUCUCUCUCAGGCCAGUUCGGAUAACCAGUCUCCUUAUGAAAGUGCCAACGUAGAGAUCUUUGGGAUCUCUUAUGACCUCCCUGCUACAUUGCCGAAGCAAUUAAAUGAACCAGCACAGUUUGAAAUAAAAAUGGAAGAUGAGUUUGAAGUAGAUGUCAGCACCAGAUCCUGUUCUCCAUCGGACAAUCUCAAUUUUGUAAUUAAAAGUUCAACUUCAAGCACAACUACAGCAGAAGAAAACGAAGAACUCUGGAAAGCAAUAAAAGAAGAACCAGAACAGAUUGAACUGCAUCCAGAAGGUUGUUUACAUGUCGGCGUGAGUUCCAUUGCUCCAUCAGACAAUGAGGAUCUCAGUUCAGCUACACAAGGAAUUGUACUGGAGAAGGAACAAAAAUGGGGGGCCAACAAUCCUGGUUUGACAGGACUCUUCAGGACCUGUCAUCAAUGUGGAGAUCCAGUUCUGGAAUUCAAAACGGUACAGUCGGGGAGCCUCAUCCGCGUUCAGUGGGAAUGUUCGAAGGGACAUCUCAUGUGGCUUUACCCCAACAACAACCCAACGUAGUACAAACGGCAAAACCAGACAAGGAAGAAAAAGGACUUCAAAGUGUGUCUAGGUUUAAUAAAAUGGAGUGAAUGAAAAAAAUAAAAAAAAGGUUUGAUACAACAGCUUUUUGCUUUUUAUUGGCAUUACUGAGGAUAUUAUGUAAAGGCAUGGUCACAUUUAGCUUUGCAAGGCGAAAUUCUGUGGUGGCAUGUCGAGCGUGUAAAGACCAGCAAAAAACUAAUUUUUUUUUUAUUGCAGCACUUUAUACUCUGUGAGAGUGAUGUUAAAAAAAAAUGCGCUGCUAAAAUGAUAUCCUUGUCCAUUGUGAAUAUUCAGUGUAGUUGUGUACGAAGCACCACCCACACAGAGGUCCCUGCCAAAUCAAGCAACUUCCUAUUGGUCAACGCGGCGAAUUUGCCGGUCAAGUUCACACGAAAUCCGCUAGAGGAAAUUCUUCGCCACUGAAGUCAAUCGCGCAGAUUCCCCCUGAAAUUACUCUUUUGCCCACGGAAUUUCGCCAUGUGAAGGUAAAUCUGACCAUGCCUUAAGACUGCAGUGUAUGCAAAUAUA